AUGGUUCUCCAAGAUCUGGGGCGGCGCAUCAACGCCGCCGUCAGUGAUCUGACCAGGUCAAAUAAUCUAGAUGAAAAGGCCUUCGACGAUAUGCUCAAAGAAAUCUGCGCCGCUCUGUUGUCCGCAGACGUCAAUGUCCGACUCGUACAGUCCCUCCGCAAGUCCAUCAAAGCUAGCGUCAACUUCUCGUCUCUGCCUCCCGCCGUCAAUAAGAAACGAUUGAUCCAAAAGGCUGUCUUCGAUCAGCUGGUUGCGCUCGUCGAUCCUAAGGCGGAACCGUUCCGACCCAAGAAGGGCAGGUCGAAUGUCAUCAUGUUCGUCGGCUUACAAGGUGCCGGAAAAACUACGACGUGUACCAAGCUAGCAAGACAUCACCAGAUGCGCGGCUUCAGGACGGCGCUGGUCUGUGCGGACACGUUCCGUGCCGGUGCGUUCGACCAGCUGAAGCAGAACGCGAUCAAGGCGAAAAUCCCGUACUACGGUAGCCUGACACAGACGGAUCCGGCCGUGGUGGCGGCGGAGGGCGUGGCACAGUUCAAGAAGGAGAAAUUCGACAUCAUCAUCGUGGACACGAGUGGUCGACACAAGCAGGAGGCGGAUCUGUUCGAGGAGAUGAAGCAGAUCCAGUCCGCGAUCAAGCCAGACCAGACCAUCCUGGUCCUAGAUAGCACCAUUGGCCAAGCGGCAGAAGCCCAAUCGGCGGCCUUCAAGGAAGCUGCAGACUUUGGAGCGAUCAUCAUCACGAAAACCGAUGGACACGCCGCUGGAGGUGGUGCCAUCUCCGCUGUGGCAGCAACCCACACGCCGAUCAUCUUCUUGGGAACCGGUGAGCACCUGAUGGAUCUGGAACGGUUUGAGCCCAAGGCAUUCAUCCAGAAGCUGCUGGGCAUGGGCGACAUGGCUGGACUGGUCGAGCACGUCCAGGCCGUCACCAAGGAUUCCGCCGCAGCCAAGGAGACGUACAAGCACAUCACCGCCGGUAUCUACACAUUGAGGGACUUCCGCGAGAACAUCACGUCCAUUAUGAAGAUGGGGCCUCUGUCCAAGCUCUCGGGCAUGAUUCCCGGACUGUCGAAUCUUACAGCAGGCCUGGACGACGAGGACGGCUCGAUGAAGCUCCGGCGGAUGAUCUACGUGUUCGACAGCAUGACGGCAGCGGAGCUGGACAGCGACGGAAAGAUCUUCGUGGAGCAGCCCAGCCGGAUCGUGCGCGUGGCCUGCGGCAGCGGGACGACGGUGCGGGAAGUCGAGGACCUUCUGUCGCAGCACCGUAUGAUGGCCGGGAUGGCGAAGAAGGUGGGCGAGCAGCGGAAGCAGAUGCAGCGGGCGCAGAGCAUGCUCAAGGGCGGAAACAAGGAGCAGCAGAUGGCGGCGAUGCAGAAGCGCAUGGCGUCGAUGGGAGGCGCCGGCCUGCCCGGCGGGCUAGGCAGCAUGGGCGACAUGGCGAAGAUGAUGCAGAUGCUACAGGGCAGCGGCCAAGGCGGAGGCGGAGGCCUGCCUGGGCUGGGAGGCAUGGAUCUGCAGAGCAUGAUGAGCCAGAUGAGCGGGCUGAUGGGUGGAGGAGGAAAGAGGCGAUGA